AUGCCAACCGCCAAGCAGCUCGCCGACAUUGGCUACAAGACCUUCUCCGCUUCCAUGAUGCUCCUCACCGUGUACGGGGGCUACCUCUGCAGCGUGCGAGCCUACCGCUUCUUCCAGCUGCGCAGCGCCAGGCGCCAGGCUGCAGAAGAACAGAAGUCCUCAGGGGUCCUGUAGAGCCCAGUCUUCCCCUCUGAGCAGGGAGGCUUGAACAUGGACUGGAAAAGACCUCCCUGGCAUGCCAUCUGUGGCAAGAGCUAGGCCACGAUGAUUCGAGUCUGAAGGGCAAAAGUACCGUGGUUUCCGAAGCAGCACUGCCUUGUGCCCUUCUGACAGUUUGUGGAGGCCAUCAAAUAAAUGGGAAUAAGAGGGUGAGGUUUAUUACAGAUA